UCAAACGGACGCUGCUGCCAUUUUGCGGCAAAUUGCACCGCCAUUCCCAUCUCUCUACAUACGAGCGAGAGAGAGAGCAGGUCUCCGUAUCUGACACUGUCAAAUUUUGGAUUGUUUCUCUUGCAUUAGUAUAUACAAGAGAGGGCUAAUAUAAUUUUUACCUUUUGUUUCUGUUGUAUAAAUGAUUAUAUGAAUGUGUAUAUAUGUUUGUGUGUGUAUUGCAUCUGUUGGUUUGGUUUGGUUCUCUCUGUGUUGCACGAUGCCUUCCGGGCUUCUCUGAAUAGUUAUCGAUGACGAAGUAAGCCCCAAUGCUUGUGCUUCAACGCAGGCCUUCUGUGUUGCAGUUUAGCCUGUGUACCUCACUUUCCUAUGAUUAUAUCUGUGUCAAUUCGACGGCUACAUACAUGAUUUUUGAAAACCUAAUUCUUUCUCUUUUAGAAAUUUCAAUUUAUGUGAUCUCUGAUUUAGUAUUUUUUUCCCCUGAAUCCAAUUAAUACAAAUCAAUCAUCUUUAUUGAUAAGAUUAAAGAAAGUUUUAUUUAAUUUUAUUGGUUUGAUAUAGUGUGUAUGUUGUUGGAAAUGAUUAUGUUGGUUUUUUUAAUUUGUUAUUGGCAGUGAGGAUUAUUUUACAGUUCAAAUGCCAGUUCUGCUUCAGAAAAUUCUUGAUUGAAAGAGCUGUUAUAUACUCUGAGCCUUGACAUUUUAUGGAAUUUUUAAAUGUUCCUUUGUGUAUACCUAUUUAGUCUGUAUAUUAAAUUUACAUAUUUAAUUUGUAUUUAAAGCUCUGUGUUUGUGGUACUAUAUAUUUGGAUUGGUUGAUGGCAUUAGUAUUUUAUUUGUUUGAUUGACAUGAUAGCUUUUUAAUUUUUGUUUUUUUUCUCAAAAUUUUCUUAGUCGGCUCAUCCAAACAUUGAUGUAAAUAUUUGAUUUGUAUACUUAUAUUUAAGCAAUGGUUGCUCAUUGUUAUUGUCUGACUAUUUCCUUUGAUUGGUUGUUUGACUUGGCUAUAGGCGAAUAAAAUUGUAGGUAUGAACUUUUAAUUUUUUUUCACAAUUAUCGUACUUUUGGUUUGUUAAAAUCAAAUUUCGGUAAGGGCGGGAUUAGGGGGAGUAAGAAAGAAUGAAUGACUUAAGAAAACAAAUGAAAUGUGUUUCCAUUAGUUUGUCACACCUUGAAAAACAAAUCAAAUUUAUCUUUUUGUUGGGAAGUGCCUAUCCAUAAAUUAUUUCAAAAGUAAGAUAUAGAUUCCAAUUAUUACUUUGCACUUUUAGCCCUAAUCUAUUGUUCUUAUUGGUGUUGGUGGACUAAUUACAUUGUAAUGUUGUGAGCACAUGCAAGUUUGUUGACAUUUAUAUCAGGGGUGAUUCUCUCCAUCAAACAUAGAGCCUUAAAACAAAACAGAAGUAUAAUUUCAUCUCAUCACCCAAAUGAAGUCUAUUGGGGUUUUUGUUUGAUAAUUUGCCAUGGCAGUUAUGAAUUCAAGUGGCUUUGGUCUUAGUUUAUACAGAGUUAUGAGCCUUCAUAUAUAGGUUUGUUUUCAUUUCUGUUGAUAAUUAAUUAUUUUCUUUUAUCCACCAAUAUCAACAUGUGUAAGAGCAUGUUGUUUGGAAGUUGCUCUCAACAAAUAGUUGAUCUCACUUUCUAAAGCAUAAAUUCAUGGACAUGCAUAUUCAUUUCUUAAAUUAUAUGUAGGAAUCAAGAGAUAGUUUUCAGUGAUGAAGACAUGAAGUUGUGUGGUGGGUCUUGAAAGUUAAAGAACUGUGAAUAUUUCCCAUUUAAACUGUUUAAGUAAUUCAAGUGUAGAUUUAUGAUCCAUGAUAAUUUAAAUUUGCAUUGUUGUAUUAUAUUACAUUUUUGUAUUUCCCAUUUAAACAAUCUGCACUUUAGAGGAGUCGCUUUUGCAGCGAUAGCUAAUUUUUGAACAAACCCGAUUCCCUUCAAACCAAAAAAUAUAAUUGUAUUUUUGGUGUAUGUUCUAUUGUUUUUGAAUUGGAUUUUAUUUGUCAUAUUCUUUUUUGUUAGAUUUGAGGUUUUUAUGUUAUUUGAUUGCCCGUGAAGAUAUUGUCCAUGUUUUUUUGAAGUGUUGUGGAGCAAAGCCCCUGUCUUUAUAGGGAGAACCUACUUGGUGAAGCUACAUUUCACAUGAUAUUAUUGGAUUCUACUGCGGCAAGUCUCUUUUUACAAACUAGUAUUUUUGUAGUAUGAAAUUGUUUUGUGAAUGCAACUAACAUGUUUGAAUUUGUAAUGCUACUUUGAUUCAUCACUUUUCAAAGAGUUUUGUAGAAUUUUUUGCGAGGAUAAACUCAUGAAUGAAAGAUUCACAUGUCAUGUUUUAAUUUUGCAUACUACUAGUGUACUUGAAAAUAUUUAUAAUGUUUUACAAACUGAGUUUUAACUAUACUCUUACCCUUCUAAGUGAAUUGUGGGUGUAGGGUCUGAUAAACUCAGAGAUUUUGUGUUAUUAUCUGCUUCAUCUCUUGCACAUUCCACGGGAUUGAAGUUAAAUGACAACACCAUAUUCAUUUUUUUGUUUAUGCUUUUAUUUUGAAUCAGGUCAUUCUCAGGAGCUGGUUGAUUGACAUUAAGAUCUGUUUAGCAAUAAAAUUAUGACAAUUUAAAGUACUUUAAACUAUUUAUUUAAAAAAUUAUUUUAAGUGUACAUUUUGACUUUUAUAUGCUUCAGCCCAACUUGAUUUGUGAGGGUGAGUCUUGGUUGAAUUGAAGUUUGGGCUAGUAGUUGUCAUCCAUUUGGUUGUAAAUAUUAUUUAGAUAUGCUUGGGAAAUCCUAUCAGUUGGUACAUCUUAUUACAUUUUACUUUAUGCGUGAAUCUAUUGUUUUACACAAACGAUUUUUUAGUUAGGAUAAAUAAGUUCUUAUUAAAAUUUGAUGAGAUCAUUAUGCAAACUUCAAUUGGCAUGACUUUCUUAAGUUUUCAAGUAUGUUCAUGGCUUAUAGUGGGAUUGUGAUUCUUUUUGCUUUAGUUAUGGAUAAGUUGACGAGAAAUAUUCAGGAUGACGUGCCAUGGUGUAUGUUUUUUGCAGAUGAUAUAGUGCUAGUGGAUGAGACUAGAGCUCUGUUGUUAGAAUCGUACGAUUCGCGAUUCGAAUCGUACGAUUUGGUUCGAUACACAUAGAAAUAGAUUCGAAUAGGUACAUGGAAUCGAAAAUGGUGCAGAAUCGCAUCUGAAUCGAUCGAUUCACGAUAUGAAUCGAAGAAUCGUUGAAUUGCACGAUUCGUUACUGUCGCGGGUCGACCCAAUUUAUCGGACCCGAAUGGAAAAAAAUCAAUUUUUGGGCCAUUUUUUUUGCUUUUUCUUGGCACAAGAUGGGUCGCCUGGUCUUCUAAGACCAAACGACAGUCCACCCAAGGUAACCCAUGAUCGUUUUUUACUUCCAACAGACAAAACCCUAGAAAGACUCACCUCUCUGUUCGACGCAGAGCUUCGUGGUCCCUCUUCGCAGUGUUUGGUGGUCCCUUGCUGCUGGAAUCUGCUUCGUGGCCCUUCGUAUAGUCUUCGUGGCUCUCGACGCAGAACUUCGUGGUCCCUUCUUGUUGUUUGGUCGCCUCUUCUUGCACCUGCAAUUUUGUUUGAGGUAGUACACUACCAGACAAACUUCAAAUAGGGAAUAUAAAAUACUAUAUUACUUUAGACUCCUCCUUUUCCAUUACUUUAUUGUCCAUUAUCCAUUACUUUAUUAUUGUCUAUUGUGUGGACUGUAGAAGCAUUGAAGAAUCUGCUGUGUGGGUGGGACAUUAAAAAAAUAUUUUGUUUUUUUUAAUGGAUAAAAAAAAUAUGAAAAGCAAAAAAAAAAGUGGAAAACAAGAUCCAAUAUGGGACCAUUGUACUUGUAUCAAAGAUGAUAAUAGAAUGUAUUUGAGAUGUAAUUAUUGUGGAAAAGAUUAUUGGGGUGGAGUGAUUCGAAUGAAAAAUCAUUUUGCCGGAACUCAUGAUAAUGUUGGUGCUUGUAGUCAAGUUUCUGAAGAUGUUAUGAAUAUGUUUUUACAACUCUUAAGUGGAAAAAAACAAGACAACAUUAUAGAUGUUGAUUGUUUUGAAGAAAAAAAUAUCGAGGGGAAAAAUAAAGGGGGAACUAUGGAUGUGUAUGUCACAAAGGGGAGGGCAAAGUAACAAACUUUGAAUCAAAUGAUAAAGCAAAGGGAGCCUGUGAUUAGAGAUAUUUAUAGAGUCAUUUAUGGGCAUGCAUUGUCUUUUAAUUUAGUGAAAAGCCCUUUGUUUAAGAAAAUGUUGAAGUCGGUUGGUGAGUAUGGUGUGGGAUUGAAACCACCAAGUUAUCAUGAAGUGAGAGUAUCUUUUUUGAAAAAAGAGGUUGAUAAUGUGAAUGCAAGUUUAGAAGCGUAUAGAAAAGAAUGGAAGAAGACGGGUUGCACUAUAAUGUCCGAUGGAUGGACCGAUGGAAAGUCUCGCUCUCUUACUAAUUUCCUUGUUAAUAGUCCAAGCGGAACGGUGUUUAUUAAAUCAAUAGACACCUCCGGUGUAAUUAAAAAUUCUAUGAAAUUGUUUGAGAUGCUUGAUGACAUUGUGAAUGAAAUUGGUAAAGAAAAUGUGGUUCAAGUGGUAACCGAUAGUGCAUCGGCGCAUGUGGGUGCCGGUAGAUUAUUGGAAGAGAAGAGGACUAAAUUGUUUUGGUCCCCAUGUGCGGCACAUUGCCUUGACUUAAUGUUGAGUGACAUAGGUGAGUUGACGGUUUUCAAAGAUACAAUAAUUAAAGCCAAGGAAAUCGCUGUGUACAUUUAUAGGCAUGCUUGGGUGCUUGAUUUGUUCAGAAAAUUUACAAAGAAUAGGGAGUUGACAAGACCCGCGGUUACUAGAUUUGCCACCGCCUUCCUUACUUUAAAAAGUUUCCAAGAUAGAAAGCUCCAACUUAGAGCUAUGUUUGCAUCGGAAGAGUGGGCUAGAAGUAGCUAUUCUACAUCUGUUAAUGCAAAAAAGGCACAAGGAACUAUCUUGGGAGAUGCUAGAUUUUGGAAAGCAAUCAAGUAUUGCUUGAAGUGUGUGCUCCCUUUGGUGAAAAUUUUGAGGCUUGUGGAUGGUGAUGCAAAGCCAGCAAUGGGAUUUAUUUAUGAAGCUAUGGAUAGAGAGAAGGAAGAAAUUGCUUCAAACUUGAACCAUGUGAGAGGUAGAUAUAAGCGCAUUUGGGAAAUUAUUGAUACUAGAUGGGAUUUACAACUCCAUAGGCCUUUGCAUGCGGCGGCAUAUUACCUUAAUUCGAUGUUUCAUUAUCAAGAAAACUUCAAUGCACGUACGGAGGUGAAAAUUGGUUUAUUUAAAACCAUUGAGAGGAUGUAUCCGGAUAUAGAGGAUAGAGUGAAGGUUGAUGAGCAAUUAGAAAAGUUCAAGAAGAGGCUCUAUGGUGGGAAAGUUACGGAGAAGAGUGCAAAGAGCUUCAAAAGCUAA